AUGGGAAUUAUAUGUUGCCACAUCCUCAAGGUUAUGGUCCACCUUGGAAAUUUAGGCAAUGCCGCCAUGAAAACCCUGGCAGAACAUUUUAUAUUGAAGAGAUGGACCAUACAUGCCAAGAAGAAAGAGGUUGGUGAAUCCUCCACAAGUGCCAAGACGGAUGAGGCUCCAUACACUACUAACAUCGCAGGUAACACCACAACAUUGAGAUAUAGAGAAACCACUGCCAUGUUGAAUAAGCUUGCCACAAAACUAUCUAUUGCUAAUGAUAGAGUGUAUGAGACGUGGAUGAAAGCACUAUCUAAAAUGUGCAAGCCAACAUACCAUGCCUUGUCCCGAUCCAUAAUAAGUGAAACCGGUAAGCAUCAAAUCAGAAUAUUACUUACUGUUGCAUUGAAUAUGACAUACUUUACUACUGAAUAUGACUUGUUUUGUAGCAGGGGGUCUCAACCAUUAAGUGGUCUGACCAUGAAGCAAAAGGUUAAUCCACGGAGUCAUGGUCGGGAAAGGUACAGGUCUAGGAAUGAGAAAGCCCGUUGUAAGAAGAAGAUUCAGUAUGCCAAGCAACUUAAGGACAUGGAUAUUAUGUCACAAGUUCCCGAUACUCAACGUGGAAGGCCGAACAUCAAUGAUGACGAAGAGGACCUCAUGGAUAUGCUUGCAUUGUAG